AUGCAACGUUUCACAACAGCGAUGUUCGAAACCCCGCCCACCUUAGUGGGUAUAAACUCGCGCUGCCCUCAUAAAAGUUCACCCUUAUUAGCUCCUCUGUUCCUCAUCAUGACCGAGGAGAAGGCCGUCAACAUCAAGCUUUAUCAUCGCCUGCUCCCACGAUUUGUAAUCUCCUACAAGGAUAAGGACGAACUCUAUGAGGAAUUACUUAGAGGGAUUCAGAAAGUUGAAUGUUCCAAAGGGAAGCUCUACUGGUUUGAUUGCGACAGCAAUCACGCCGUGAUCAACUAUGCUGAUGACUUAAUUGAUGCCGCUCAAGGAGACAUAAAGUUGCUAAUGGAAGCCGCUGACCAGAAUGAGUCCAAGGAGGGCUCCGAAUUUGAAGUAAUCCAGUGUGAUGAGGAAAAAAUGGCGUCGAAACCUCGAAUUCCCAGUCCUUAUGAAGUAAACGCCAUACCCAAAAGCCAGAAUGGGUCAAGAAGUGAAGAAUUUACUGAUGAGAAUCUCCACCAGCCCUCAAGAGCUUGUCAUGAGCAUCACAAGCAUGUUUUCUACGGUGACCUUCCACUCGCAUGGAACUUUGCCAUGGAUCCGCGUUUCACACCCUGGCCUUUCUUCUAUUACAUACCUAUGUCAACCGACAAUUGCCAUUCUGAAAGGAAUUGCUGCCACUGUCGUUGUCAUUACCAGAGAGACAGUUUUGACUAG